AUGUACGGCCAGGAGGCUGUGGUGCCAGUGGAAUUCAUGGUGCCAAGUCUCAGAAUUGCCAUUGACAACAGGUUAGGCGACAUGGAAAGCCUCCGGGAGAGACUAUACGCCCUGAAUAAGUUGGAUGAAAGACGGACGAUGGCACAGUGGGCGACGGAGACAGCUCAGCAACAACGGAAAGCCUGGCACGAUAAACAUUUAAGAAGGAUGCAGUUCACCCCGAGGCAAUUGGUAUUGAAGUUUAACGGUCGAAAUGAAAUUAAGCCAGGCAAGUUCAAGGUAAAAUGGCUAGGUCCCUUUAAUAUUCGCGAAGUUGGCGCGAACGGAGCCAUCAAGCUGUGGACGAUGGACGGGAUGGAGGUGCCUGAUGUUGUAAAUGGCUCCAAGUUGAAAAUCUAUCACCAACGGAGGCAAGAGACGAGGUCUGCCCAGGCAGACAGUGUUUUAUAUGGCAUGAAUACUCAAGAAAUUGCCAAGUUAGAAAAUUGUCGGGUUAUAAAGACGUCCGUAUGGACAAAUCAGCUACUUGCCAGUUAG